ACGAUCUGAUCUUCCCUGCUAUUUAAUUUAACUCAGGAGCUGUCUGUGCUGAACGACGCUCACAUGACAUGGACGAUCGAGCUAGGCUCAUCGUCGUUCUGCUCAGGACGGGCGAUAUAGCACAACAUGGUUGCCGCCGCUGCUGAAGCCUGCUGGUUGUCGUUCCUCGUCGUCAUCCUACUCAUCGCCGUGGCAGCGGCUUCGAAGCUGCGGCUUGCGGCGCAGGCCUCGCUGGAAGCGGCUGCUGGCGCCCGUGGUGUCAAGUUGCACGUCGGCCAGCGGCAGGUGGUCGUGGACAACGGCGUGGUGCAGGUGGCGAUGUUGGCACCGGAGGGCCGGAUCACCGGCGUCGGUUACGGCGGCGAGCCUAGCAACCUGCUGGAGUACGACGCCGGCCAGGGAGACUCCGGAGGGUACUGGGAUUCGGUUUGGAACUAUCCCGGCUCUGAUCUUCCGGGACAAUACAAUACGUUGGAUAGUACAGAGUUCAACGUAGUAUCCUCAAGUGAAGAUCAAGUGGAGCUUUCUUUCAGGAGCACAUACAGCCCAUCUCUUCACAACAGCUUUCGGCUAAACAUCGAUAAGAGGCUUGUGAUGCUCAAAGGUAGUUCUGGGUUCUACUGCUAUGCCAUCUUUGAGCAUGCCAGGGACUGCCCUGCUCUGAACAUCACCGAGGCUCGGCUCGUCUUCAAGCUCAACAUGGGAAAGCAUGUUUUUGCCUACCUCAAAUGUGCUAGGUUCAAUUACAUGGCUAUUACAGACGACAUACAGAGGUACAUGCCAAGUGCAAUUGACAGAGAUGAACCUCGUGCUGUCCCACUGGCUUACAAGGAGGCUGUUCUCCUUGUUGACCCCAAGGAACCCCAGUUCCGAGGAGAGGUGGAUGACAAGUACCAGUACUCACUAGAUAACAAGGACAAUGUUGUUCAUGGAUGGAUCAGUGGCGGCGAUCCGAACCCCAUGGGUUUCUGGGUCAUCACACCCAGCAACGAGUUCAAGAGCGGCGGGCCUUUCAAGCGGGAACUCACCUCCCAUGUCGGCCCCACAUCCCUCACAAUGUUUUUUGGGACACAUUACAUUGGUAAGUACAUGGUGGCCAAGAUCGACAAUGGCGAGAGCUGGAAGAAAGUUUUGGGUCCAGUGUUCAUCUACCUGAACUCAAGCCCCAAGAGUGGCAACACCCCCCAGGCUCUAUGGGAAGACGCCAAAGCACAGGCACAAGCCGAGGCGAGGAACUGGCCCUACAGCUUCCUUGCAUCGCCAGACUUCCCCAAGGCAGCCGAGAGGGGAUCCAUUACAGGGAGGCUCCUCGUCAGAGACAGUUACAUGAGCAAGAAAGACAUUCCUGCUGCAUUGGCUUACAUUGGGCUCGCCGCGCCCGGGCAGGCCGGUUCGUGGGCCACAGAGAGCAAGGGGUACCAGUUCUGGACAUGGGCCGCAUCGGAUGGCGCUUUCAGCAUCGACAAUGUCCGGGAAGGAGUGUACAAUCUUUACGCGUUUGUUCCCGGGAUUCUUGGAGACUACUGCUACAGUUCACCUUUAACCAUAGCUCCAGGUCGUGUCAUGAGUGUUCGUGACCUUGUGUUCGAGCCCCCGAGGUCAGGCCCGACGCUGUGGGAGAUUGGUGUGCCAGACCGGACUGCGGCAGAGUUCUACGUCCCUGACCCUGACCCCAAGUACAUCAACAGGCUCUUCGUCAACAAGGACAGGUACAGGCAGUACGGCUUGUGGGAGCGAUACGCCGCCUUGUACCCAGAGAACGACCUCGUCUUCACGGUUGGUAAAAGCGACGAAUCCAAGGACUGGUUCUUUGCGCAACCCACAAGGAAGGUAGGCCAGGACACCGUGCCGACAACAUGGCGGAUACGGUUCGGUUUGGACCGUGUCGUGGCAGGCGGCACCUACACGCUGCGGAUCGCCCUUGCAGCUUCUGAAACGUGUAGAUUGCAGCAGGUGCAAGUGAACGACGGGGGUGGCGGUGGCGGUGUGUUCACGACGCCGGUGAUGGGGGACGACAACGCGAUCGCGCGCCACGGGAUCCACGGCCUGCAGUGGAGCCUCGAGUUCGCGAUCGGGGGGCACCUGCUGCUCCAAGGCGACAACGCCAUAGACAUCAAAGUGGCCGGAGCCGGAGGUCCGGCGGCGGACAGGAUCGCCGGGGUCAUGUACGACUACAUCCGCCUGGAAGGGCCUUCCUCCGGAGGCGUUCUGAAGAUUGCGCCCCUUGGCCGGGUUUGGAUGGGGAUCUUUUUUCUGUCGUCGGUGGCCUUGGUCGUCAUGUCCCAGUAGUGCCGUAGUGCGCGCGAUCUGACAUGCACUGGAAGGAACAGUAGUGCAUUGGCGCUCGUGCAUUUCAGCCCGACACCCAGCACCCGAAUUCGAAACGUUGACGUAUUACACCUAACGAUCCGGGAAAUUCAGUAGUCUGAACACGAACUGAAUGUGCAGUGACUGUUUUGCCUUUGAAUAUAAUGUUCCGUAACAGCCCUAGGCUAAUUAAGAUGUUAAUGAUAAAUUUAUACUGCACAUGAAACUAUAAAACUGCAGAGCUAAGCCCUGUGUAAUUUA